CUGCUGUUAUUUCCUCGUGCACGUCCCCACAAGUCACAGGACAACUUUUUGCAUUUCUUAGAAGCACCCAAGUCGUCUGCCUGACCGGGCCCGGCCGUCGAGGAAACAUGUCCCGUUUUGACAUGAAGGAUUUUGGCGAAGCGGCGCCAUUUUUACGCAAAUCGGAAAUGGAGCAAAUGGCGGUGCAAACUGUGGCUUUUGACGGUAAGAAGCGAGCGUGGAUACCUGAUGAAAAAGAGGCGUACAUUGAGAUUGAAAUUAAAGAGCUCAGUGGGGACAAAGUCACUGUUCAGACCAAAAAUGGGAAGACUUUGAUUGUGAAAGAUAGCGACAUCCAGCAGAUGAACCCCCCCAAGUACGACAUGAUAGAAGACAUGGCCAUGUUGACGCACCUCAACGAAGCCUCCGUCCUCUUCAACAUGCGCAGACGGUACUCGUCCUGGAUGAUCUACACCUACUCGGGCCUGUUCUGCGUCACGGUGAACCCGUACAAAUGGUUGCCGGUCUACACGGCCCCCGUGGUAGCCGCCUACAGAGGCAAACGACGGUCGGAGGUACCCCCACAUAUCUACUCCGUUGCUGACUAUGCCUACAAUUCUAUGCUGCAAAAUCGGGAAAACCAAUCCAUGCUUAUCACCGGAGAAUCCGGUGCUGGCAAAACUGUCAACACGAAACGUGUCAUUCAGUAUUUUGCCAUUGUGGCAGCUCUUGGGGAUGCCUCUGCUAAGAAAGCAUCGGGUCCGGCCACUAAAACAGGGGGGACUCUGGAGGACCAGAUCAUUGAAGCCAACCCUGCCAUGGAGGCGUUUGGGAAUGCCAAAACAUUGAGGAAUGACAACUCAUCCCGAUUUGGAAAGUUCAUCCGGAUCCACUUUGGCCCCACUGGCAAACUGGCUUCCGCUGACAUUGACAUAUAUCUUCUGGAAAAAUCCAGAGUGAUUUUCCAGCAGCCGGGCGAAAGAAGCUAUCACAUUUAUUACCAGAUCAUGUCCCAGAAGAAACCUGAACUAUUAGACAUGCUGCUGGUGUCCUCCAAUCCAUACGACUAUCACUUCUGCUCUCAGGGGGUGACCACUGUGGAGAACUUGGAUGAUGGACAGGAGCUGAUGGCCACUGAUCACGCCAUGGACAUCCUCGGUUUCCUGCCCGACGAAAAGUACGGCUGCUAUAAAAUAGUCGGCGCCAUCAUGCACUUCGGCAACAUGAAGUUCAAACAGAAGCAGCGUGAGGAGCAGGCAGAGGCAGAUGGCACUGAAAGUGCAGACAAAGCCUCGUACCUGAUGGGCGUCAGUUCAGCUGACCUCAUCAAAGGCCUCCUCCACCCAAGAGUGAAAGUAGGAAACGAGUAUGUGGUGAAGGGACAGAAUGUUGAACAGGUUAACUAUGCUGUAGGCGCUCUGGCUAAAGCCACAUACGACCGCAUGUUCAAAUGGCUGGUGGGACGGAUUAACCGCACUCUUUACACUUCGCUGUCCCGCCAGUUCUUCAUAGGAGUGCUGGACAUCGCUGGCUUUGAGAUCUUUGAUCUCAACAGCUUUGAGCAGCUGUGCAUCAACUUCACUAAUGAGAAACUGCAACAGUUUUUCAACCACCACAUGUUCAUCCUGGAGCAGGAGGAGUACAAGCGGGAAGGUAUCGAAUGGACCUUCAUCGACUUCGGCCUGGACCUUCAAGCGUGCAUUGAUCUCAUCGAGAAGCCACUUGGCAUCAUGUCCAUCCUUGAAGAGGAGUGCAUGUUCCCUAAAGCCACAGAUAGCAGCUUUAAAGCCAAGAUGUUUGAUAAUCACAUUGGCAAGUCUCCAAAUUUUCAAAAGCCACGUCCGGACAAGAAGCGAAAGUAUGAAGCCCACUUUGAGCUUAUUCACUAUGCGGGAGUGGUACCGUAUAAUACAAUUGGCUGGUUGGACAAAAACAAAGACCCAUUGAAUGAGACGGUGGUGAGUGUUUUCCGGAAGUCAGCAAACAAGCUGCUUGCUUCUCUGUACGAGAAUUAUGUCAGCUCAGACUCAGUGGAUCUCAAGACUGGGACCAAAGAGAAGAGGAAGAAGGCAGCCUCGUUCCAGACGGUGUCUCAGCUGCACAAGGAAAAUCUUAACAAGCUGAUGACGAACCUGCGCAGCACCCAGCCUCAUUUUGUGCGCUGCAUCAUUCCCAAUGAGACUAAGACUCCUGGCAUCAUGGACCCAUUCCUGGUGCUUCACCAGCUUCGUUGCAACGGAGUGCUGGAGGGCAUUAGGAUCUGCAGAAAGGGAUUCCCUAAUCGCAUCCUCUAUGCAGAAUUCAAGCAGCGCUACCGUAUCCUGAACCCACAAGCCAUCCCAGAUGAUAAGUUUGUGGACAGCAGGAAAGGUGCAGAGAAGUUGCUGGCUUCCCUGGAUAUCGACCAUAAUCAAUAUCGAUUUGGACACACAAAGGUAUUCUUCAAGGCUGGCCUGCUGGGUCAUCUGGAGGAAAUGAGAGAUAUGCGUUUGGCCAAAGUUCUGACACUGCUGCAAGCAGUCAGUCGAGGCAUGCUUAUGAGGCUGCACCGGAGGCUUAUGAAUCAAAGGAGGGAGGCUCUGAUGAUUAUCCAGUGGAACAUCCGAGCCUUCAACACUGUGAAGCACUGGCCUUGGAUGAAGCUCUUCUUCAAGAUUAAGCCCCUCCUGAAGAGUGCAGCCACAGAGAAGGAGCUGGCCACUCUCAAGGUGGAGAUGGUCCAGCUCAAGGAGGCCUUGGACAAAUCCGAUGUCAAGCGUAAAGAGCUGGAGGAGCGGCAGGUCAGCCUGAUCCAAGAGAAGAAUGACCUCUCUCUGCAGCUGCAGGCAGAGCAAGACAAUCUUGCAGAUGCCGAGGAACGCUGCGACCUGCUCAUCAAAACAAAGAUCCAGUUGGAAGCCAAAGUGAAAGAACUUCUAGAAAGGGUAGAGGAUGAGGAGGAGAUGAGCGCCGAUUUGCUGGCAAAGAAGCGCAAGCUGGAAGACGAGUGUACCGAGCUGAAGAAAGACAUCGACGACCUGGAGCUGACCUUAGCUAAAGUGGAGAAGGAGAAACAUGCCCUUGAGAAUAAGGUUAAGAACAUGGUUGAGGAAAUGGCUGUUUUGGAUGAAACCAUAUUGAAGCUAACCAAAGAGAAAAAAGCUCUCCAAGAGGCCCACCAACAGACUCUGGAUGACCUUCAAGCAGAAGAGGACAAGGUCAACAGUCUGACCAAAGCUAAAAGCAAGUUGGAGCAACAAGUAGAUGAUCUUGAAGGCUCCCUGGAACAAGAGAAGAAAUUGCGUCUGGAUCUGGAACGGACCAGACGGAAGCUGGAAGGAGAUCUUAAACUUACAUUGGAAUCUGUAAUGGAUCUUGAGAAUGACAAACAGCAGAUGGAAGAAAGGCUCAAAAAAAAAGAUUUUGAGAUGGGUGAGAUGGGCUCAAAACUAGAAGACGAGCAGUUGUUGGUCAGCCAACUCCAGAAGAAAAUCAAAGAGUUAUUGGCUCGAACAGAGGAGUUGGAGGAAGAGCUGGAGGCCGACAGAGCUUGUAGGGCCAAAGUAGAAAAGCAGCGUGGAGAUGUGGCUCGUGAGCUGGAAGAGCUCACCGAGCGCCUGGAGGAGGCUGGGGGCGCCACGUCAGUCCAGGUGGAAAUCAAUAAAAAGAGAGAAGCUGAUUUCCUUAAGCUGCGACGGGACCUCGAUGAAGCCAUGCUGUCCCACGAGGCAACGACAGCCGCCUUGAGGAAGAAGCAAGCGGACACAGUCGCUGAGCUGACCGAGCAGAUCGACAGCUUGCAAAGAGUCAAGCAGAAGCUGGAGAAAGAAAGGAGUGAGGCCAAAAUGGAGGCCGAUGACCUGGCCUCCACCGUGGAGCAACUUUCCAAGGGCAAGUUGACUGCAGAGAAGACGUGUCGUCUCUAUGAAGAUCAACUGAAUGAGGCUAAAGCCAAAGCGGAGGAGCUCCAGAGGCAGCUCAAUGAAAGUACUAACCACAAGGCCCGUGCUCAGGCUGAGAGUGCCGAGCUAGGCAGGAAGCUGGAAGAACGUGAAUCCACAGUCUCCCAGCUCCAGCGUACCAAGACCUCCUUUGGCCAAAAUAUCGAGGAUCUCAAGAAGCAGCUGGAGGAAGAGGUCAAGGCAAAGAAUGCCUUGGCGCAUGCCCUUCAGGCAUCUCGCCACGACUGUGACCUCCUAAGAGAGCAGUAUGACGAGGACCAGGAGGCUAAGGCUGAAAUGCAGAGAGCGUUGUCCAAGGCCAAUGCUGAGGUGGCGCAGUGGAGGACCAAGUAUGAAACUGAUGCCAUCCAGAGGACUGAAGAACUGGAGGAAGCAAAGAAGAAGCUGGUGACACGUCUGCAGGAGGCUGAGGAGACGAUGGAAGCCUCCAAUGCCAAGUGCUCCUCUCUGGAAAAGACCAAGCAUCGACUCCAAACAGAGAUUGAAGAUCUCAUUAUCGACUUGGAACGUUCCAACGCUGCAGCUGCAGCCCUAGACAAGAAGCAACGUAAUUUUGACAAGGUGCUGGCUGAGUGGAAGCAGAAAUAUGAAGAGUGCCAGACUGAGCUGGAAAAUUCUCAGAAAGAGUCCCGUAGCCUGAGCACGGAGCUCUUCAAACUGAAAAACUCCUACGAGGAGACGUUGGAUCAUCUCGAGACCAUCAAGCGAGAGAACAAGAAUCUGCAGGAGGAGAUCGCUGACCUGUCUGAUCAAAUCAGCCAGGGAGGGAAGACUAUACAGGAGCUGGAGAAGGCCAAGAAGACUCUAGACCUGGAGAAAAGUGAGAUUCAAGCAGCACUGGAAGAAGCGGAGGGUGCACUUGAGCACGAAGAAAGCAAAACCUUAAGGAUUCAACUAGAGCUUAACCAGCUCAAGGCUGACGUUGACAAGAAGUUGGCAGAAAAGGAAGAAGAACUUGACAACCUUCGCCGUAACCACCAGAGAGCAUUGGAGUCCAUGCAGGCCACCUUAGAUGCUGAGGCCAGGUCUCGCAGUGAGGCAGUACGGCUGAGGAAAAAGAUGGAGGGAGACCUGAAUGAGAUGGAGGUGCAGCUGAACCACGCCAACAGGCAGGCCGCAGAAUCCCAGAAACUCUUGAGAACACUGCAGGUUCAGCUUAAGGAUGUCCAAAUGGAGCUUGAUGAAACGGUCCACAAAAACGAGGAGCUUAGGGAGCAGGUGGCCAUGACUGAGCGGCGUAACAACCUACUGGCCGCCGAGGUGGAGGAGCUCAGGGUUCUACUGGAGCAGAACGACCGGGCUCGCAAACUGGCUGAAAAUGAACUGCUUGAAGCCAGCGAGAGAGUCAAUUUGCUGCACUCGCAGAACACAGGGCUGAUCAAUCAAAAGAAAAAAUUGGAGGGUGACCUCUCUAUGCUGCAAGGGGAGGUAGAUGAAGCUGUGCAGGAGAGCCGCAAUGCAGAAGAAAAGGCCAAGAAGGCGAUUACUGACGCAGCCAUGAUGGCAGAAGAGCUGAAGAAGGAGCAAGACACCAGCGCCCACUUGGAGAGGAUGAAGAAGAACAUGGAUCAGACCAUCAAAGACUUGCAGAUGCGCCUGGACGAGGCUGAGCAGAUCGCACUCAAGGGCGGCAAGAAGCAGGUCCAGAAGCUAGAGGCUAGGGUAAAAGAACUUGAGAGUGAACUGGAGUUGGAGCAAAAGCGACACCAAGAGCAACAGAAGACAGUACGCAAAUACGAGAGAAGAGUCAAAGAGCUAAGCUAUCAGGCGGAGGAAGACAAGAAGAGUCUUGCCCGCUUGCAGGACCUCAUUGAUAAAUUGCAACUGAAAGUGAAGAGUUACAAGAGACUGGCUGAGGAAGCGGAGGAGCAGGCCAACACCAACUUGUCCAAGUACAGGAAGCUACAGCAUGAACUGGAUGAUGCAGAAGAGAGGGCCGACAUGGCUGAAACACAAGUCAACAAGUUACGUGUCCGCACACGUGACCAAGGUGGCAAGCUCCCUGAGUGAUGAUGAGGGCUGCAUGGAGAAUUUACAUGGCUAAGCAGCUGCAACAGCUUCUAUAAACCAUGUACUAGCAACCAAAUAAAGACUUUUAAAAAUGUAUUUAAAUGUCAGAGUGAAUAUAUUUACAUACAGUAUAAGAACCCCAGAAUGAAUUUAUUCUUGUUUUUACUGGGCAAACACUUUAAGGUUGGAAAAGCUCAAAACCAACAUUAACAUUGACAGUUGUAUUACCCAACUCAGACGAAACUGUUCAUUAAAAUUGCAUUUGCUUUAUGUACCAAUAAUCACUAUCAGCGAUAUCGACAUGGAGCUUUUUUUCAAUGAG